AUACUGAGGCAGAGCUGCUUUGUCACAGCAGCUGUCGUCUUCCUGAUCGUUCUUCCUACGUCUGGUUCAAGAAUGGACAGAAAAUGGAAAGGGUGGAGACAUCUUCUUAUAAAGAUCAGUUUUAUCCUGGAGACAUCAUCUCCUGUGCUGUAAAAGGACAUGAGGAUUUCCGCUCUCCUUCAGUGUAUGCUCCAAAGCUUCCCUCUGUGUCAGUGAGUCCCUCUGCUGAGAUAGUGGAGGACAGUUCAGUGACUCUGACCUGCAGCAGUGAUGCUAACCCAGCAGCUAAAUACACCUGGUACAAGGAGAACCAAACACUGAUUCAGGGACCAGAGGACAUUUAUAAUUUUACCUCUAUCAGCUCUAAGGACAGCGGGAUCUACCACUGCAAGUCUGAGAAUGAGUAUGGCCAGAUCAACUCCACAUCUGUAUCCAUAGAUGUCCAGUAUGCUCCAAAGCUUCCCUCUGUGUCAGUGAGUCCCUCUGCUGAGAUAGUGGAGGGCAGUUCAGUGACUCUGACCUGCAGCAGUGAUGCUAACCCAGCAGCUAAUUAUACCUGGUACAAGGAGAACCAAACACCACUGCAAGAACUACAAGGCAUUUAUCAUUUCAACUCCAUCAGCUCUGAGGACAGAGGCAUUUACCACUGCAAGUCUGAGAAUCAGUAUGGACAGAUCAACUCGACAUCUCUAUUUGUAGAUGUCCACUAUGCUCCAAAGCUUCCCUCUGUGUCAGUGAGUCCCUCUGCUGAGAUAGUGGAGGGCAGUUCAGUGACUCUGACCUGCAGCAGUGAUGCUAACCCAGCAGCUAAAUACACCUGGUACAAGGAGAACCAAACACUGAUUCAGGGACCAGAGGACAUUUAUCAUUUCACCUCUAUCAGCUCUAAGGACAGCGGGAUCUACCACUGCAAGUCUGAGAAUGAGUUGGGCCAGAUCAACUCCACAUCUGUAUCCAUAGAUGUCCAGUAUGCUCCAAAGCUUCCCUCUGUGUCAGUGAGUCCCUCUGCUGAGAUAGUGGAGAACAGUACAGUGACUCUGACCUGCAGCAGUGAUGCUAACCCAGCAGCUAAAUACACCUGGUACAAGGAGAAUGAAGACUCACCAAAAGCAUCAGGACAGAACUUCACCAUCACUGACUUCAGAGCUGAACACAGUGGGAAUUAUUACUGUGAAGCCCAGAACAGAAAAGGACGUCAUAACUCCACCUUACAUCUGAUUGUUGUGGCAGGUACGUUAUAAUUUACCUUCACACACCUGUUAACUGCAGAGUUUAUUUCCACCUGACAAGGUGCCACCACAUUUAAAGGGGUCCUCACGCAUCUUUGGGCUGACCUUGGGUUACAGAAGCUAAGUUAUUUUUACCCUUUGAUUAAACCACUCCCAAGAAAACACACUUAAGCCAUCAUUUGUGUCCAGUUAUCUUCCCUAUUGGACCCAAACAUUCCUGUAACUUUUCCAGUGUUUGUGCUUGAUUGUUGUUUUCCAGGUUCAUUGAAAUUUCCAGUUGUUCUAUCAGUCAUUGCUGUUGUUCUGGUCUUCAUACUUCUUCUCUCUGUCUUCAUAUGGAUUAGAAGAAAGAGGUCUUUGCGACAACAACCUGAGGCUGAUGAGACACCACACAACAGAGCAGAGGUACAAACAAAAACAUGCUGUUCAGACUGCAGAGUCACCGGUCAGCUGAAAACUCAUCUCAAUGGUGCAUCACUUCCUUCUUUGACUACUUUAUUCACCUUAAUUAACCACAUCCUCCUUUAUCUAUCACCCUCCCUAC